AUGGUGGAUCGUUUCAAUAAGCAAUAUAAAAUUGAAUUAAAUUUAAUUAUCAACAUAAAUGCAAGUGGAACUCAAGAACUGGAGGAUAUUGUGGAGAAGGUGCAGCUACCAAAAAUAUUAAUUACAGAAGCAAAUGGGAAAUGGAGGCAUUUGUAUCAUAACUUUAAUAUGAAUAUCCUGAGCAUCGUUUUGCUAAACCACGAGAAUUUCAAUGCAAGUUUCAUGGCCUUGGAAGAACUUCUCUGGAGAAGGCAUUACACAAAAAUUGUGUUCUUAUAUGAGGAAAAGGAAAAUAAACAAAUGCUAGACAUUUUUCAAAAAUGUUGGCAACAAGGUCAUACAUCGGUAAUAGUUUGGUGGCACGAUACUGUCUUUACCUAUGACCCCUAUCCCCGCAUAAAAAUCAUACAAUUGCAAAACAACGAUGGAUUUGAAAGCCGCAUGAAGGGAAAUUUUCACAAAUUUCAAAUCAAAAUACCGGUCUUUGAUUAUCCACCUCGAUGCUUUAGCUAUCGAAAUCGAAAGGGAGUUCAAAUUCAAACGGGAUAUUUUUGGAAAAUAAUUGAAACAUUUGUCGCUCAGCACAAUGGUACCUUGCGAUUUGAAUUCUUAGAUGUUUGGGCUGUAAAUACCAGUCGUGAAGCGGCAAAGGAUGUUAUUGUGAAUUAUGGCUACAGUUUCAUACCCACCAUGAUUAUACCCAAAGAUGACUAUGAGACAAGCGAUGCCAUACAUUUUGCCAAAAAUUAUCUGCUGACAGCAUCGGGCAAGGAAAUUCCUCAAAACAAGUAUUUGCUAUUAACCUUCAACAUGGAACUGUGGCUAAUGACAUUGGCAAUUGUCGUUAUACUUUUUCUGCUGACGAUGUUGAUUUUAUCUAGAUCUAAGCCUGGUUAA